CGAUGUCUCCUCGAAGUCCCUCCCCUGAAGUUUACACAGCCACAACUCCGUCAAAUUCCUGCACUCAGCCGGAUACUUAGUAAAGUUAGUGGAUGAAAGGCGAAGGCAGCGGUAGAUACAGAACACAGGAAGGUUUUGUUCCUGUCCUGCACUUUUCAUUUGAAUCUACCGGCUUUAUCGACCAAUUAAAGAGGCGGUUGCUAAGAGAUGACAAGCGGUGACAUUGCUGAAAGCCUCUGAUGUACAGCAGCCUGAAGCUCUGCUUCUCCUGGAUCUCUUCCCUCUGCUCCUCUGUGUGUACCUGACUGAUGUGAGCUACCCGGAGCGUACAUCAACAGACUCAUAAACACCAUGGCAGCCUCUGCUGCUACCUGUGCUCCUACCAGUACCACUACCACUGCAGUGGCCCGAACUGUGUGGCUCAGGAAUGGAAGCACUGAAGAGGCUGGUGGGCAUGAGAGUGACUGGCAGAAGAGCGUGGACAGGGACGCGGGACAUAACACUAUCCAGGAGAAAACCCACGAGUUCUUCCAGAUCUGUGACAUCGAGGACAAGGGCUUCAUCACCCGACGGGACAUGCAGAGGCUAAAUGGAGAGCUCCCUCUCAGUGCAGAUGAGCUGGAGAAUGUUUUCGACACCCUGGACUCGGAUGGCAACGGGUUCCUUACACUGGACGAGUUCUCCUCUGGCUUCAGUGCAUUUUUGUCUGGCCAGACAGCUUCUGUAGAGGAGAGAAUGGAGGAGGCAAACGGCUGUAAGAACAGAUCAGAGGCCCUGUACCAGAGCCAAUGGGAGGAGAGGCUGGCAGGCAGCGAGGAUGAAGAGGAGAAACACUUUUGCAUGCUUAUGGAGAGUCUAGGAGCCAGCAAUGUGUUUGAAGAUCCUGCUGAGGUUCGUACUUUGUGGGCCCAGCUGCGCCGGGAUGAACCACAUCUCUUAGCCAACUUUGAGGACUUUCUGUCCAGAGUGACUUCCCAGAUCAAAGAUGCCAACCAGGAGAAGUCGGAGAUGGAGAGUGCUCUCAAAAGGAAAGAAGCAACACAUGAUAAUGAGAUCCAGCGCCUAUAUGAAGAAAUGGAGCAGCAAAUAAAAAACGAAAAGGAUCGGAUUGUGUUGCAGGAUCAUGAGCGGUUCCUGUCUCGCAGUCAAGACCUGGAGAUGCAGCUGUCCAGUAAGGAGAGAGAGUUGGAACAGCUCUUCCAGAAACAGAGGAGGUUGGAGUGUCAGUGCCAGGAGCUGCACAGUGAGCAGCAUGUGACCAAGGUGGAGAAUGUCAAGCUGAAGCAGACCAACGAUGAGUUAACGCGGGAACUGGAACACACCAACCAAGAGCUGGUGCUGGCUCAGGAGCAGCUGAAUCUGCUGCAGGAGCAGUCCUGUCGCCUGCACGAGGAGAAGGAGAUGGAGGUGUACAGGGUGACCGAGGGACUGCAGAGAGAGCGAGCAAGCCUGCUGAAACAACUGGACCUGCUGAGGGAAAUGAACAAACAUUUACGAGAUGAAAGGGACAUGUGCUUUCAGAAACCAAAGAAAACACCAGCUUUGAACCAGAGGCCACUUCUAAAUACCAUGAAACACACAAACAGAAGCCUCUUCAAAAGUGAGGAUGAGGAGGAGCUGGGCCCCAACUCUAAAAAGCAGAUUCUAGUGAAUGGCUCAUGCCAGAACACCAGCGUGGAGGAGGGGGACAGUAGACCCCCACCCCAGAGACGGCACCUCCAGAGGAUCAUCUCCAUUGAGGAGGAUCACCUCCCCCACCUGCUCCAGGACGACACUCAGGCCCAGUCCCCGCUGCAGCAGUGGAGCGAGGGAGAGGAGGAGAAUAUCGACUUAGUGAUGAGUGAUAUCUACCCCGCUCCAUCAUCUGCCCAGCAGCAGCAGCAGCCAGUGGGCAAUGAGGGAGAACGGGAUGCUCCCACCUCUCCAAGGGGUCAGCCCGUUGGCAAAGAGACCAGCGUAAACGAGGAAGGUGCUGCCUUGCCACCUGACCGCCUCUUCAAGAUCGUUCUGGUGGGGAACUCGAGUGUAGGGAAGACCUCUUUCCUGAGACGGUUCUGUGAUGACUGCUUCUACUCUGGCACCUCUGCGACUGUGGGCAUCGACUACAGCGUGAAGACAAUAACUGUGGACAUGAGCCAGGUGGCGCUGCAGAUAUGGGAUACAGCAGGACAGGAGAGGUACCGCAGCAUCACUAAGCAGUUCUUCCGGAAGGCAGACGGUGUGGUUGUGAUGUAUGAAAUCACGAGUGAGCAGAGCUUCACAGCUGUCAGACAGUGGCUGACAAGUGUGCAGGAAGGCUCAGGUGAGGACAUACCCAUCAUGCUCCUGGGGAACAAAACAGACAAGGAGAGUGACAGAGAAGUCCAGAGUGGAGUGGGAAAGAAACUAGCCAAGGACUGCCAGUUGAUUUUCUAUGAGUGCAGUGCGUGCUCCGGACACAAUGUGAUGGAGUCCAUGGUGCAUUUGGCCAGAAUCCUGAAAGAGCAAGAGGACAAAGAAAAGGAGAAAACCAUCCAGCUGGUCAGCAGCCCCUCGCAGAAGAAGCGAUCGUGCUGCUAACAGUGAAAAACACAACAUGUUCCCUCACUACAGCGCACAGCGUGGCAGCGUGAACACACAGGUGAACACGCGGGCCCGUGAAGUCACAUCACUCUGAACCAGCACAACCGUUUUUCACUGUCUUGAUCUUAGCAGCACUCUGUGGUGAAUCCCGGACCUGAAGACACACAUUUGCCAUAUGACACACACGUUAUUGCACUAUCAAGAACAAUAUAGAUUAUUUUCAAAAUAGAUUUAUUUUGUAAAUUUUUAGGAAAAUGAAUUAUGAUGUAAAAAAAAAAUGUACUGCUUGUACUUUUCAUAGAAAUAUCAAAUGAACAAACGAAAAUAUCAAAAAAGUUUGCCUUUUGAGAAACAAGCUACAAUAGAGCAAAAGUUUGAAUUCACAAAUUAAAUUUUUAAAAUGUAAUUCCCUAUAUAGUUACAAGUAGCUUUUCUUUCUUUCUUUGUGUCUUUCUUUCAUCCUUUCUGUUAGAUCCAGUAAGGAUGGUGAUGAGUCUAGUGAUAAGGCACCAUGUUUGAAGUGGCAGCUUCUUGUUUUAGGGAGCCUGAAAGAGGUUUUUCCCUCAGAGCAGUUUGACUGUAAUUCUGUAGCAGGUGUGUUUAGCCUUCAUUGUCCCUAAAUCUGUCACAUUGGGCUUUUUACCAUGUGUACUCAUGUAUUCAUCCAGUGUUAUUUGUGAAACUUUGUGCUGGUUUGCUUGUUCACCCUCUAAACGUGCUUUAAUUUGUAAUUUUUUUUUUUUCUCAGUUUAUUAGACUUGUGCUGUGUUUGUACGAUGGGGUUCAGUUGCAUUGUACAUAACAGUACAAAGCAACAGUGGAAAACACAAAUUAUUGACUCCCGACAGACCAAAUCAAGUGUAGCUGGGAUCUAAAUGCUCAAAUAUUUAUAAAUGCUUUCAAUAUUUAUUUCACAUCACCUCAGUGUACUUCAAAGCCACUGGAGGUGUUGUUCUGUGAUAAUAACUCUCUGCUACAGGGCACUUAAAUUUGCGGGGGCUCUGGUGAAGAUCUCUCAUGUCGCAGUUUGGUGUUGUGCUGUGGUCACUAAUUCUGCUUCACUACUACCAAUGUAUUGCACAUCACUAUAAUGUAUAUAUGGAACUGUAAAUAACAAGAAUAUUAUCUGAA